AUGCCGACAUCAUUGCCACCAUUGGACGCCGCCUGGGAUCCGACCCUCGAGGCUGAUGACUGCGAUGAAUAUUGCUGGACGCCCUUGCAACUUGCCGCGAGAUGCGGACAAAUAGAACGAAUCGAGGAAAUACUCGCCUCUAACCCAGCUGCCGUAAACGAACCACCGCGCGGUUAUUAUGGCCAGACCGCCAUCCAGGCUGCAUGCAUGCAUGGUCACCAACAGGCCGUGCAGAUCCUCGUCGACGCCGCGGCUGAUCUCAACUUCUGCGGCGGCAACAACUUUCAGAGGAAUGCCUUACAGAUCGCCUGCGGACAGGGAAACGAGGAGAUCGUCGAUAUCCUGCUUAAGGCAGGUGCCAGGGUCAACGAGGUAAUGACACCAUCUGCAAGUCGCCCACAAGCGACUCCGGGGCUCUCCGUUGUGACGCGGUAUAACGGCAGGACGGCACUACAGGCUGCAUCGGAGCGAGGGCACAUGCAUCUGGUCAGCCGCCUCCUGGCACUAGGUGCAGAUGUAAACGCUCCUCCGUCACCAACAGCGGGCUACACGGCAGUGCAAGCCGCAGCCGGUGGCGGCUUCACGGAGAUAGUCAAGCUUCUCCUCCAACAUGGGGCCGACAUCAACGGCGCUUCGGCAAAAUACAAGGGAUACACCGCUCUUCAGGGUGCAUGUUUGGGAGGCCAUGUUGACCUCGUCGACCUUCUACUUCAGGAAGGUGCCGAUGUUCAUGCUUUGGGGGGCAUCUACGGAGAUGGAAUGGCUUUGCAUGCGGCAGCUGAGAAGGGCCACGUAGAGAUUAUUGAGCGCUUACUAGCGGCCGGUGCAGACUUAAAUGCCUACAGCAGCAAGAGACGUAGAGGACAGACAGCGCUUCAGAGUGCCACGGUUGGGGGUCAUGCCAGAGCAAUCCAGCUUCUACGAGACAAUGGUGCCAUCAGAAGGACCGGAGGUGGCCUCCUCUUUUCCUGA